AUGGGAAGGCUGAGCAUGGAGAUCAGCAUCCCGGAGCCCGAGUGCGAUUUGCAAUCCUAUCCUCCCGAGUCCGUGCAGGUGAGGAACACCUUCAUCCACGUGGCUUCCGAAGGGCUGACCGGUGGCAACGCCUCGGGCUUGGCCUCCUGCCCGGCGCGGUCCAUCGGACAGCUCCGGGACCUCUGGAAGGAUGAGGACUCGACCUCCGCGGGGUCCAAGAUGGUGAUCCGCUUGGAGGAUUCGCUGUUCCCCACCAUGCCCAGCACCCCGGAGCAGGUGGGCAUCCUGGAUUGCAGACAGGGCCUGGCGCAGGCAUCUCCGGAGGACCUGAAGGACGUGCCUUUGCCGCCUUUGGAGCCGGCCCCCGGCACCCUGGAGAUGCCCUCCAUCGGGUCGCGAGGCCACGGAGCGGGGGAUUGCAAGCCUUGCGCCUUCAUGCACGCCAAGGGCUGCAAGAACGGCGCCCUCUGUGCCUUUUGCCACCUCUGCGACCGCACCGAGAAGAAGCGACGCCAGAAGGCUAAGAAGAUGAUGUACAACGCCGGCGCGUGA